AUGCAGUACGUUUACGGAGUACAGCUAACAGUCCUUGUGACUGGCGCUAACGGUUACAUCGGUAAUGCUGUGGCUCGCGCAUUCGUCCGUGUCGGUUGGAUCACGUUUGGCCUCGUACGCUCAUCUGCCGCCUCUGCCAACCUCUCUGCAGAAGAGAUCAACGUUGUAGUUGGCAGCAUCAAUGGUGAAUCAUCCUACAAAUCCAUUCAGAACAGCCUGCCUAAAACCAUCGAUGGUAUCGUUUCGACCACCGAGGUGCUUUCCGACUACGUCCCACACUUCAACAACACUAUCAGCUUCCUCCGCACCCUGACAGCCGGGGUAAUCGAGGCCGGUGGGAACAAACCACUGGUUAUGUUCACUUCUGGGUGCAAAGACUAUGGUGUGGGACCGUACUUCGAUGGUGAGGCUGGCUUGUUCCCUCACACUGAGGAUUUGCCAAUCAAUCCACCUUCCAUGCUAGCGCCCCGGGCAGAAAACGCAACAAAGAUCUUCGACCAUACGGAUGUACUUCGCCCAGUCCUGCUUCGGCUUACCAAUGUGUAUGUUCGGUCAGCGAGUCACUAUGCUGGCUUUUUUCUGGUCGCAGCAGCGGCAGCCCAAAGUGGCAAGCCUUUGGUCUUUCCCUCUAAGCCGAAUGCAGUCUUGGGCGCCGUUCACAUCGACGACUGUGGAGAAGCCUACGUUGCUAUCUUCAACAUAUCAGCACAUCGAUAUGAAACGGUUGAUGAGGUGGGACAAGCAUUGGUCAAAGAAUACAAGAUCAAAGCCGGAAUGUCUUGCGUGGAGCCGCAAGAUUGGAUCCCAGGAGACCAUCCGUGGCUGAUGAUGCUCGUGGGAUUUCCCCAAUGGACGGACUCUUCCAACUUGCGCAAAGUCGCAGGCUGGGAAAAUAAAAGACCCCUGUUUGCGGAGGCCGUGGGCGCAUAUCGCAAAGCCUUUGAAGCUGCUGCUAUGCUAGGCAACCCUAUGAUUCAGAAGGCACAACAGAUGGCCGGUGUAGCGUGCGGAUCUUAUGACGAUAAGACGGCUUGA